AUGAGGACCUGUCGGUUCUUCUAUACCCAUGGCUUUGCGGCACUGCUCUCGCAUAACAUAUCUCUCGAAACUGAGGAGGACCUCGUGCGCUUCCUCAGGCCCUUUCAAAAAUGCGCCGACGAGCGGUGCAGAUUCGUGCGCUCCCUGGACCUCCUUUUCCCCGACCUGCCCGAGUCGAUCGCGCCGCAACUAGCACAUGCGCUGCGUCGAAUGUCCAACCUCAAGACCCUAUUGGUGUCAUUUAGCGAGGACAUCAUCUCAUCUCACCCCGAUCUCCUCGACGCGUUCGCGGACCUCCCUUCUCUUCAUAAGCUCGACCUAAGGUAUGCCGGAGUGCGUGCGGUCGAGAUGCUUCGGUCUCUCCGCUCCAAGCUCGCUGUCGUCCAUAUCGGCUUCCGGACGGACGACGAUUCGGACGAUGAUACGUCAUUCGACCCUAUACCAGAGGAUAACCUCAAGGUGUGCUACCCGGGCCCUGCUGUUCUUCUAGCGUCGUCGAGGACGUCACUCCAGGAGCUGUCUUCUUCGUCAUGGGCCACUCCGGAUGUCCAAACCCUUCCCGAUGCCAUGCUCAUCUACCCACACAUGUAUCGACUCUCUGUCGUCUCUCCCGUCUUCCCGCGGACCAUGGCGUUCAUCCGAACCUAUCUGAACCUCACCCACUUCACGUUCUCCCUCGAUAGGCAGCCUCUAACCUUUCACCCAUCCAAUCUCGGGCCAUGGGAGGCCUGGCACGCUCGGAACAUCUCGGAGCAGGUCACCUCCAGUCACACCUAG